AUGAGGAUCAUGCAGAAGGAAGUCGACCAAGUGAGGAUGCGGUUGACUUUGCACCGAACGUGCCUGCCAAUUGUGAUUUCUGCAAUCUCCAUCAUCGAAAGCCGGAGUGGAAUGGACCCUCAGGAGGGCCAAGCGACACGCCAUCAAGCAGCAGAUCUUCAAGUACUUUCUAAUCCAGGAUGGGCAGAUGCCUUUGGCCAACAGUGGCCUUUCCACUUGCAAUGCCCUGGCCCCAAGUCCAGUCGUUCCACAGGAGGAGGCUGCAAAACAUCCUUUCGCUCGUUUUUACGCAGUUGGCAGACUUUGGAAAUGGCAUCAAGGUGA